AUGACACGACUUGUAAUUUUGUUAGUUUUAUUUACAAUCUGUGGUUUGACACAAUGUAUGUUAUUUAAAAAAGAUCCAACAAAAACGGAUACAUCUAAAGCAAAGCCAGCUAAAAAGGAAAAACCAGUAAAAUGUCCAAUUGUAAAAGCAAAAUGUAGCAGUUGUGUUGGUGAUACAAUUUGGAUUAACAAAGAUUUUGCUCCACAAUUAAAAAAGGUUGAUACUAUUGCAAAACAAUGUGGUAUUAAAUUAGCUGUAAAAGGAAGUUAUACGCCAUCAACAAGUGCUGCGGGACCAUUUAACACAGCACAUGCUGGAAGACACAUAAAUUUUAUUGUCAAUGACAAGACAGGAAAAAAACUCCUUUGCAACAGACUAUGUUUAGCACAGGAAGGUGAAAAAGUCCCUGAGGUCAAAUGUUUGGUUGCUGGACUUCGAAAAGAAAAUAUUCGAUACGCUCCGAAAGGUGCAGUUGGUUCAUUUGAUGAUGCAAGUGAUGCAAAACCUAAUUUUAGCAAUGAUGCAAAAGUUAUUCAAGAAGCAUGUAAAGGUUUGAAGUUUUGA